AUGGUGGCGAUUAUUUUCGUUUCUUCGCUAACUUACACGCUUUUGCAAUCUUCGGCCUUUUCGUUCCGAAGUUCUUACGACCAAAUUAGCCAAAACGGGCAACUCCACGACAGCGUUGUUAAGCAGUUAUUUAAAAACGAAGGUGAUUUUAACUUGCGGGUUGAGGAUAGCCAGUUGGCCGGUCAGAAAAAAAUCGUCGUUGAUCGCGCCAGCGGGGAUUACCAAAGUUAUUUUGAAGCGCACCCCUUUGAGUACCCGGUUCAAGUUGGCGACUUAAACGCCGAGCAGGAAAAAGUUCUUUUGGAUCGAAAAAUUGCCGAAGCCAAAGAGUGGAUCCAAGACGUAGUCAACAACCAAAAACCGCAGCGUUUUCAAAAGGCGAUUAACGAAAUUUACAAGGGUCAAUUGGAGAUGCGCCACACUGCUUCGAUCGCGAUAUUUGCCGAAGACAAAGCAUUUAAGUUAGUCCAGGUGCCCGACCAAAACGUCAACAUUAACAAGUUAAUUAUUUACGAUGGCACCAAAAAUUUCACUAAGAUGCUUACCGAUGAGCAGUUUCAAAAGGAAAUAGAUUUCCGCGCCCAAAAUAAGUUUGGCAUCAAAACGCCGUACAGCGUUAACAGUUUAAAAGGUUACCGGUGGGUGGCUCAAAGUUCAAUCGGAUCAACCAUUACGCUGACUGACCCAUCGGCUUACCAGGCGAUCAUUUCGCCGUCUUACGCCAAUUUAAACGGCAAAUAUUCUUUGCAUCCGAGCGAAAUGCUAGAGCUUUACACCGAAUACGAUUUAGAGCAGCUCCACGAAAACGAGUAUUUGAAAAAUCGCUACCGCAACAAUUUAGUCUGGGUCGACCAGAUGCCUUACUUUGUAACUGGUAUCGGCGUGACGCCCGACUUUGCUUUUCCGAUCGUGGACCAUUCGCGGCCAAUCCCGACUCCCGAGCGCGAGGCGAUUGUCUACACCAACUUGCGCGGCUACCAACGCGCGGUUGACAGUUUUCGUUCCAAUCCCGAGGAAAACUAUUUCUCGGUUAAGUACUCCGAACAAACUACGCCAGAAGAGCGCGCUAAGAUUGACGGACAAAUCGACGCAAUUGCGCGCUGGGGCAAUCAAAUUUUACCCUCGCUUGGGAUUGAUUACGCGGGUGACAUUCCGGCUAUGAGUUGGCCUAAAAACGUGGCGAUUGUUUCCAAGUAUAACCAACUUAAUGACCCGAUUGUUUUAGCUCAGGAAAGAGUUAUUUUUCUGGAGCAACUCAAAAAAACCAUUUCAACGCUGACGAUCGUAACCACCACUUUCUUGGUUAUUUUUGUCGCCACCUUGUUCCUGUUAGUUUUCAAGUCUCUGCUAACUUUGCAAAGAAAGAAGUACGCCACCUUGUUAGCCUUAGGCUAUCGGAAAGGUAAAAUCGCUUUCGCGCUCAGUUGCGUAACCUUUUUGCUCGUCACGUUGCCGUCAAUUCUUGGCUACGUGGUCGGCUACAUUCUCCAGUUUCCCUUCAUUAACAUCUUUGCUAACUACUGGACGAUUCCGACUUACGGCACGUUGUUCAACUUAGUUUCGCUAAUCGUGACCGUCAUCGUGCCGGUCGUCACGAUCUUUUUAAUGGUUUGA